AUUGGACUUCCGGAGUGUUUAUCCCAGCGUGUAUGGGACUCUGGAUAAUCAGAUAAAUAAUUACAAUUUUGUAGCAUUGAUUUGUCUACUGUUACAGCUUGGUGCAUGUUUGUCGCUCGCAGGAUAUUAUCAGCCUGCGUUUUCAUGUGCAGGCUGUCAUAGCAUCGGUUGAUGCGCAAGUAGCGAGGAAGUGAGACAACGUGACCCCUGACCUAAGUUUGGCUGUCACAUCUGCUGAUCGGAAGAUGGCUGACUUCAGGAACUACCUGUAAUAAGUGUCAGUAUGACUGAAAAUUCGGAAGAUACAACCUGGGUAGGACUCAGGUCAAUGGAGGAAUUACAGGAAUUAAUUGCCGAAAAGGAUAAUAUUAUCAGUCAUCAGUGUGGAAAGAUAGAAAGUUUGCAAGCCGAACUGGCACAAGUGAAAGAGGAACGAGACCAAUUGCUGAGUAAAUUGUCUACAGUAAACAGCACUGAAGAUGAGACCACGAAGGAAGACGGCGUUGGCGGGUCAAAAGUUGGAGACCGAAAGCAGUCCGUGGGAUCUCCACUUGAGUCACCGCGGAGUUCCAAACUUGUCAAUCAGGGGAGUAUCAGCUGUAGCCGAAUCCAAAGACAACGUUCCUUUAAGAGUUCUAACGAUGACGUGAUCAAGCGUUCUCGGACUCAGUCCGUGUCGUAUGAACUGUCUCAGGACCUGCAUGACAAGCAGGUUGAAAUGCUAGAGCGAAAAUACGGAGGUUCCAUCAGAUCCCGUCGAGCAGCCAAGACAAUUCAGAGAGCUUUCAGACAGUAUUGCAUGACCAAGAACUUCCAGAAACUGAGACAUUCUGUUGGAGAACGAAGACUAUCAAAGCGUUUGUCUGAACUAGGACGCAGCAACACAAUCUGGACCGAUCGUUUCAUCACCGAUGGGAAGUUUGAAGCUUCAGAUGUAAUUUCUGAGAGUUCUUUUGGAAGUGAUGUCAGAAAGAUGGUUGCAGAAUUUGAAUCUGGACGUGACCACAAACUUUAUCACCAAAUGUCAUUUGACCAUGGAGUCAAAGUGGAUUCUCAAAAGGCACGGUUUGGUAGACGUGGAAAGAAAUUGGAAAGAUCAGUUGAGAUAGAUAUAACGGACAUUCCAUGUGAGAAGGAGAAGAAAGGCAAGCCAGGGGCGGCCCUAAUCGAAGAAACAAAUAACAAUCGUAAUUCCUACCCGGAAAUGAAUGACAGUAGUGCCAGUGACUCUCCACAACCGACACCUUUAGAAAGUGCUGUAGAUCCUCAUAGCUUGGACUUCGAGACCUUACUGGAAAGCAAAGAGACUGACAUUCUCACAGAUAGUUUUCAUAGUGAUAGUAUACAUAGUGAAAGUAGCCAGGAGGCGAGCACACUGACGUUAAGUCAUCGCCCAUCCGCAUCAUCGCUUGGCUCUGACUUCAGUGUCAAUACAACUGCUGAUAGUGCUCGAGGUUCAUCAGCAUCGUUUGACAGUUUCCGCAACCUGAACUCGGAGUCAUGUGAAAAUGUCUCAGUGGCUAGUGAUGUGCAAAUUAAGGUGGACUUGGCCUCUCCAGAGGACACGAGACUCAUUGAACAAAAUCAAACAUCAUCGCCAAACGAUGGCGUGAAAUACUACAUGAACUCACAGGUGAAACUCCGAUCUCGAAAACCUGGCGAGGAGAAGGUGAAGCCAGCACCCCCUGUUCGUGCCCCGGAUACAUCUCCGAUCUGGAAAAGAAAGGGGAAUGGGGGGACAGUCAAUGGUAAUAUUGCCCCAGUGAAUGCUGUAAAAGCUGAAGCGAAACGAAUGAGCAAUAUUUCCGAAACAAGUGAACCUGAUAGUAUUGACGGUCAGUGCUCCAGCUCCCCAAGUUCCGAGAACAUCAGUACAGAGAACAUAAGUAUUUCUAGUGAGAACAGCAUUAGUUAUCAGAGGAGACUACGGUUAAGUGUCACACCCGACCAACAGACGAUGCCAAGAACCAAUGACAAGCAACGCAAGAGGGCAUACCGAAUUGGACUCAACCUCUUCAACAAGAAACCGGACAAAGGGUUGAACUUCCUACUAGACCAUGGAUUUUUAGAAGGCUCCCCACGAAGUGUGGCAAAGUUCUUCAUCCUACGGAAAGGUCUAAGCAAACAAAUGAUAGGAGAAUACCUGGGCAACUUGCAACAACAAUUCAACAUGGAGGUCCUACACUACUUCACGGAAGAAAUUGACUUAUCUGGACUUCAGGUGGACGUUGCACUACGAAAAUACCAAUCCUACUUCAGAAUGCCGGGUGAAGCUCAGAAGAUAGAGAGAUUGAUGGAGGCGUUUGCAGACCGAUACUGUGUUUGUAACCCGGACCAAAUCAAGAACUUCAAGAACACGGACACUAUCUUCCUCCUGGCCUUCGCCAUCAUCAUGCUCAACACUGACCUCCACAAUUCCAACAUUAAACAUGACCGCAAGAUGAAACUGGAAGACUUCAUAAAGAACCUCAGAGGUAUUGAUGAUGGUGGGGACGUGGACCGAGACCUACUGGCUGGUAUCUAUGUUCGAGUCAGGGAACAAGAGUUUCGCUCGGGCGUGGAUCAUGUGUCACAAGUCGCCAAGGUGGAACAGACAAUAGUUGGAAAGAAACCGGCUCUGACCCUGGCUUGGCGACGUCUGGUGUGCUACUGUCGACUCUACGAGGUCCACGAUCCAAACAAAAAAGAAAAAAUCGGUCUCCAUCAGAGAGAAGUGUUUCUGUUUAACGACAUGAUCCUUGUGACCAAAAUCUUUAGUAAGAAGAAGAGUGGAAUUACAUAUGCUUUAAAGAACUCGGCGUCUCUCUGUGGAAUGCAGGUUUUCCUGUUUGAAACAUCACAUUAUCAGUUUGGUAUUCAACUGAAUAACACUUUAGAUGGCAAAGUUAUACUAACUUUCAAUGCCAGGAACGAUCAUGACAGGCAGAAGUUUGUAGAAGAUCUCAAGGAAGCCAUUAUGGAAACCAAUGGCAUGGAGCAGAUGCGCAUAGAGGAGGAGCUACACCGACAUCGGACCAACCACAACACGUUAGAGAAGCACUAUGCAAAUGACGACUCACGGGUACUAAUGUACGAUCACAUGAAGCCCUCAGACCCUGCCAUAAAUAGACUGUCCGCGCCUGAGUGCGGAGGCUUGAAGAAACACACACUCUCCAACUCCCUCACUGACUUGUGUGAAGCUCCAGGGAUGAAAAGAGGUAGUAGCGGUGCUUCGCUGGAUAGCGGGGUGAGAUUUGGCACAGUUGCACCCUAAGACAACACAUUCUGACAAAGAUAAGGAGUUAAGGAGGUCUCUGGUAGUGUGGGGAGUGCCAGCAGCCGGGAGGAUGCCCCCCUGAGCCCAGCAGCGUCCCACCUCCACAACCUGUCCUCAGGGUCACAGGGGGGCAUCACCAAGGCCCCAGGGCGACGGAACAAGCUCUCGCAGGUUCAACUGAAGGCUGGACUUCCAGAGGGGACGGAGGUGUGAUCAGGCAGCGCUAUAUUAGGGCACUUCUUAAGGAAACUUUGGAUGUCUCGACGUGGGUUGCAGGCUAGAGAAUCUGGUUUCUGAACCUUCAGACUUCACAUUUUGGUCUCUAAGACCCCAGGCCAAAGGCUCCUACUUUGGCCUUUAGAUGUUACAGGUCUUAUACAGCAUUGUUCUGGCCAGAUUAUAUUCCGACCAGAAAUUUGACCUUCACAUAUUUAGAUCCUAGAAUUUGAUUAGGAUUUUGUUGGUGAGGCUAUUGACCACACUAUAGGGCCUCGUUUACAUCAUCUGUGAAUAGACAAGACACCACCGUACUGUGGGCACUUUGCUUGCUUUUCAAGAAGAAACUGAAUGUUUUUCUGAUGGAUCCGAAAUAAAGUCUGGAAACUGUGGCAGGUGUUCUGGCUGGCGAUGACCAUAUUGUUACCUCAGUUGUAUGCCCCCCCUAUACUGCACACUAGCUCAGUCAGGAACCUGCGGAGAGGUCAAAGCUCAGUCAGGAACCUGAGGAGAGAUCAAAGCUCAGUCAGGAACCUGAGGAGAGGUCAAAGCUCAGUCAGGAACCUGAGGAGAGGUCAAAGCUCAGUCAGGAACCUGCGGAGAGGUCAGAGCUCAGUCAGGAACCUGCGGAGAGGUCAAAGCUCAGUCAGGAACCUGCGGAGAGGUCAAAGCUCAGUCAGGAACCUGCGGAAAGGUCAAAGCUCAGUCAGGAACCUGUGGAGAGGUCAAGGACUGUCUGGGACCAUAUUGUUACCUCGAUGGAGGCCAAACUCCCCUCUUAGUAGUACAACGCACUAGAUGAGUCGGAAAUCUGUGCUGCAACACUUUGGGACCAUAUCGUUACCUCAGUUGAGACUGAACUCACUCUCCCCAUCACACACUACUAGAAUCUAGAACAGUGCCCUUGUCUUUCAGUUUACAGUAGGCACAACAGGAGGUUCAGUUAACACAGUCUAGAUUCAUCAAUUGUGAGACAAUGGCUAUUGACAUUGAUAGACUAUACAUGGAUGGUGUAAGAUCCACGCUUAAGUGCUGUGAUUGUAUACGAUGUAGCUAUGCACCUACGUUAAGCCUGACAGAGUUGUCUGCCCAUAGGACAGACACAGGCUGAUGGAUUAAUCUGGGAACUUUUGUCAGUCAGGACAGAUGAGUGCUUGUAGAGGACCGUGAAUCGAUGCAACUAAGUGAUGUCUUCACCUAGAUAUAUAGACUCCUGCGUGUAGACGAGUGUCGUUAACGUCAGUCCAACAUGGCCGACAUAUCAGUCUGUCUGUCUGUGUGUCUCUCUGUCGUAGGGGAACCUUACUUCCGAGUUCUGUAUAACUAGUGUAGAUUGGUCAGAAGUGACGAGAGUGUAAGAUUGACACCAAGUGUGAAAGCUGUGAAUGAGUUCUGGAGAAAGCAUCUGCAGAAGCGUCAGCCAUCUUCUUUUUCUUUGUUUCAGUGAUGAAAAUGUAUAUACCAAAUUGUUAGUAAUUAUUUAGAAGCCAAAGUUAUAUUUGGCAGGAUGUUAUGUUAAAAUGGUUAAUUUAUUACAAAACUCCUAUACCAAACUAUCUUUGUUACUAUUUAAUGCAUGAGUUUUACAACCUCUGACUAUUUAUGCGUGUCAUAAUAACUCUUAAUUAUGUCAACGUAAAUUGUUGUCAGAAUUAUUGUUAAAAUUUUGCAAGUUCCCAUUCAGCUUUGAGCUUGUUUUCAAACAGUUCUCCAAUUCAAUAAUGCCACCUGAUUUUAAGCCAUAGUUAAACGUUCAGUAUUAUUGUUAAUGUUAUGAACUCGUUCAUGGAAGUCUAACUCAAAUGUUCUGGAAUUAUUUAAGUAUUUCAUUUGAUUAUUUGUACAUAAAAUGAAGUAUUCUAUACACUUGUUAAUCAGAUUUUGUUGUCAGGUCAACUUUUUUUCUACAUUUGUAUAUUUUUCCUAGUGUCUUCUCACUGUUUCUCCUGCAACCCUCAUGAUGACAGUUUUACAUAUUCAGAACAAAGUUGUCAAUUUUAAAAAAUUGAAUAUUUAUUGUCACUGUAGAACAAAGUGUUAGCUAGAGUGCAUGUGAGGAACGCAUGAAGGAGAGAUUGGUUAGAAAUUUGUACAGUUGUAAAUACCAGAGUGACAAGAUCUGUAGACACACUGUGCCCCAACCCUCACUGAUUGUAUCUUUAGUGGUAGCUUAUUUAUGCAUCCUAGACAACUCCUGUACAUACAAGAGCUGUACUGGAGCUCCUAACACCGGUCACUGCAGCCUCUCGUUGGCUAGUUCUGUACAUAGUUUGUGUAAGAAACUCUCAUCUAGGGGAGGUAACUCUCUGGUAGGGGAGAUAACCUAACCCACUACUCGGGUGUUGUUUUCUCAAUGCCAAAAAUAAAUCAGAAACAAAU